GCACUGAGGAUGGUCCGGGGCAGAUCAGGACCAGAAGAAGGGACUUCCGUCAUUUCGGGUCAGAUUGGAUCAAACUGACACCGUGCAUGUGGGCCUGGUUCUGGACUGAGAAACAUUAAUUAAGGACCAUGUUUCGGGUUUGUCUGAGGGGAGCCAAGGUCAUGGUUCCGAGGACCUGUGGGAGAACUCCUCUGACUGAUCCAAGACUCAGCAGACUCUACUCUACUGGAGAGAGCAGUGGUGGUACAGCUAAAGUGGUGGUGGCCGGGCUGCUGAUGGUCAGCGGUGGAGUGGGAGGAACCGUACUGUAUGCUAAAUGGGACCAGAAGUUCCGAGCGGCCGUGGAGAAAAACGUCCCGUACUCUGACCGCCUCCUGGGUCUGGCUCUGGGACCGGCUCCUCAGGAUCCUGGCCUUUCUGUCAGGAAACAGAAGGAGCUGGUCCAACCGCCAUCCAUGAUGGAAAAACAGGUGAAGAAAACCAAAGUGGAGUCGGAGAAAAAAGUGAAGGAGGAAAGUCCAGCUGAGGAGUCCAGUCCUGUACCAGUACAGAGCAUGGAGGAAGCUUCAGCCGAGGCCACUCAGAUCAUCUCAGCCAUCAGUGAAAUCCCAUCAGUUCCUGCUCCAUGUGACACCGAGGCAAUCAAAGAGGACUGUAAGGAGUGUCACGAACACGGCGUCCUGACGGAGACCCCAUCGGUCCAUCCUAUGUCAGCUGGUCUUUCAGAACCACUGAGAGAGCGUCCUGUAGAGGAAGUGGCAGCUCGGUUAGCUCAGCAGGACCAGGACGAACAGGACGUCGUAGCAUCUCUGUCCACCAGAAUUGAGGAAUCCCUGGCAAGUUCAGCAAAGGCGACGCUGCAGGCUAUUGGAGCUAAGGAAGCAGCCCUACAGGCUAUCAUACAGCACACCCAGCGACUGAAGGAGGCCAUGGAAGCAGAGGCUCCGUCUGAGGAGAAGUCGGCCCAGUGGAAGGAUCUGGAAGCUGCUCUUGCUGAAAGAACCGCAGCCAUGAACGACGCCAGAACUGCUUAUGUGAAGGCCAAUGAAGCCCUGGAUGGUCUGAAGUCGGUGAUCGACGGCUCUAAAGAGCUGAAGGUUCCUGCUGCACGCCCCCUGAUCUUAGCAGCAGAGGAGAAUCUCCAUAAAAUGGUUGUGGAUUUGGACAAAGUGGUGGCUAAGCUUCAGUCAGCAGAGUCUGAAGCAAAGGUUGUCUCCCAGUACUGUGAACUGGUUAAUGAAGCCAAGCAGCAGUUUCAGAGGGAAAUCAGUAGUCUCACUCCAGAGAUCCAGGCCAACUGGAAAGGACUCGCUGGUAAACUAUCAACGGAUGACCUGAACGCUCUGAUUGCUCAUGCCCAUCGCCGCAUUGACCAGUUGAACCGGGAGCUAGCAGAGCAACGAGUCCGGGAACAAAUCCACAUCAGUUCAGCUCUGGAACAGCAGAAACUGGAGGACCAGAAAACGCUGGAAAAUGCAGUUAACACAGCACUGCAGCAUGUGACGGAGGAGACCCGGCUGGAGCAGGAGAGAAAGCUGGCUGAGUUAAGGGAAGUGAUGGAGGUGGAGAUGAGGACCCAGCUUCGUCGUCAGGCUGCCGCUCACACAGACCACGUCCGAGACGUCCUCAAAGUCCAGGAGCAGGAGCUCAGAACUGAGGCUGAGCAGAUGCUGAGCAGUAAGAUGCUGGAACAGGAAACCCGCUAUCGUCAGCUGAGUCAGGAACAGCUGGAUAACUUCACUCUGGAUAUGAACUCUGCCUAUGCAAGGCUGAAGGGGAUGGAGGAGGCCAUUGACAGCCAUGUGGUGGCUGAGGAGGAGGCCCGGAAGGCUCAUCAGCUGUGGCUUUCUGUGGAAGCUCUCAGCUACACCAUGAAGACGGCAGGUGCCGAUACGCCCACAGCUCCUCUGGAGACCGCCGCUCAGGCCGUGCGAGACAGCUGCCAUGACAACGACUUUGCCCUGGCCCUGGCAUCAGCUCUUCCUGAAGAAUCCCUGCAGCGUGGCGUGUACAGUGAAGCGUCUCUCCGUGCACGUUUUAACACCCUGCGAUCACUGGCACGGAAGGUGGCUCUUAUCGAUGAGUCCCACAACUCUCUGUACCAGUAUUUCCUGUCCUACCUUCAGGCUGCACUGCUUUUUGAGGGUCAGCAGGAAGCCCCGCCCACCCAGUUGAGCGGCGAGGAUUUAGACCCAUUCAAACUCCUUUCAUACGCUAGUUAUUGCUUAGAGCACGGGGAUCUAGAGUUGGCCGCUAAAAUGGUAAACCAGUUGAGAGGGGAGGCCAGGAGGGUGGUGGAGGACUGGCUGACCGAAGCCAGACUCACUUUGGAAACCCAGCAGGUGGUCAGUUUGCUUACUGCUUAUGCAAACGCUGUGGGCUUAGGGACCACUCAAGUUCCAUAGACAGGCAGCUGGACCAGGAAAACCUUAAAGGGAUACAUGGAAAGUUUCUAAGUCAGACUGGAGAGGUAGAAGUGGUGGUUGUGGAAGGCUUUUCUUUAAGUUGACCUGGUGAUGGAUGGUGACGAUGCUCCACACUUUAAACAUAAAAAAUUAUUUUUCCUUCAGCUUCAAAGUUCGUUUCUUAGCCAUGUCAUGUUCACGUCACGCUGACUAACUUAUAUGUGUAUAUGUGUGAAUAUGUCACGUUAAAUAAAUCAUGAAAAAAACUGUUGUGUGAUGUAUUUGA